CAAAGGAUUCCAAACUUCACGCAUACAACUAUUAUAAAGAUUAUGAUUACUACAACUACUAAUAAAAAUGUAUCUUUUAAUACAUUUUCCAGCGUUCAGAUAAACAGCCUGAUAAACAUUGCUCGUCAGCAGCAUUGCAGUUGUAAAACGCUCAAUUACACCGACAAGUUGGCUGAAAAUUUCUGUGUAAAAUAACGUUAAAUCACGCAAUUCCCACUUCCAAAAUUGUUUUACGCUAGCGCUUUGAUAUCGGUAAGCAACCUUACUUCAAAAUAAAAUGAUUAAUUACUUAAUUAGACCCAAAAGAUCAUUCAUUCACUCAUCCAUUCAUUGACUCUGGAAUGUAGUACCAAAUGUCAUCAGUUAAAGUUGAAUUAUCAAAGGAAAUUUUACUGUUAUAGCUAGUCUCUCAAGUAAUCGACUCCGAGUUUGCCACCGGUGCCGCUUCACUAGGUGCCAACCAUAAUUGCCAUAUCCGAAUGCUGUGGUCCAGUUCAAUUCAAAUUUCACUGUACAUUUUACAAUGCAUAUCUAUAUGUAGACUUGGCUACAUUUAUACAAUAUGCCAUACAUACUGUACAGUAAAUUAUUUGGGCAGUGACAUCAUUUUUUGUUGUUUUGGCUCUGUAGAACAUUGUAGUCUAAAUAAAACGAUGAAUAUGAGGUUAAAAAUGAUUGUAAAGCCUAAAAAGGGGCUGUCAUUCCAACACGGGCCACCUGAUAUGGAUGAAUACCCUCAAAUUAGAGCUGACAGUCUGCACUUUAACUUCAUUUUCAAAUCCAACGUGCUGCCCUACAGAGCCAAAACAACAAAAAUGUUUCACUGUCCAAAUACUCCGACCGCAUUAUAGUUAGUUAUGAAUAAAUUAACCUAAUGGCAUAAAUACAUGUCCUGCGAUAGAUUGGCGACCUGUCCAAGGUGUAUUCCUUUCCUGCCUCGCCAAAUGCACGCUAGGGAUAGGCUCAAAUACUCCGCGUGACCCUGACAGUGACCCUGACCAGGAAUAAACAGGUAUAGAUAAUGGUUGGAUGGUUGGAAUGAAUACAUGAAUAAAAUGAUCUGCCAAAUUAAACGGAUGUCAAAAGAAGGAAGUGCGAUCUAACUCCACCUAUCGGCACCGAGAAGAAAAAUUUCUCUUUGACAGACGUGGUUUGCCCGGUGCGCCUCACUUGCCUGCUGUCAGCGUAAUCAGUAGCCCACUAACAUGACAACAAAGUGGGGAAUAUCUAGCACAGGAAAGAUCAGCCAUGACUUCACCGUGGCUUUGAAGACUCUGCCCCCGGGAGACCACCAGGUAGUAGCUGUGGCCGGCCGUGGCUUAGAGCGUGCGCAGGAAUUUGCCAAGAAGCAUAACAUUCCCAAAGCCUAUGGGAACUAUGAGGAGCUGGCCAAUGACCCAGAGAUUGAUGUGGUAUACGUUGGCACCAUUCAUCCAUGCCAUCUCCCUGCGUGCCUGCUGUACAUGAACGCCGGAAAGAACCUGUUAUGCGAGAAGCCGUUUUCCAUGAACUCUGGGGAAGUGCAGAAACUCAUCACUUCUGCCAGGAAAAACAACGUUUUCCUGAUGGAGGCCAUGUGGACGCGCUUCUUCCCCGCCUCUCGGGAGAUCAGCCGAAUCCUGUCCCAGGGGGAGCUGGGGGAGGUGAAGGUGGCGCGGGCUGAGUUCGGGGUACCCUCAAUGCACGUGCCCCGGUCGGUGGAGAAGGAGCUGGGAGGGGGGGCGCUGAUGAACAUCGGGGUCUACUGCGUGCAGUUUGCGCUGAUGGUGUUCGACGGGGAGAGGCCUGAGACCAUCCAGGCCUCUGGAUUCUGUCUGGACUCAGGUGUGGAUGAGGCCAUGGUGGUUACUUUGAUGUUCUCGCGGAACAGGAUAGCCGUGUGCAUUUGCUCUGUCGCGGCCCAGCUCCCCAAUGAAGCCGUCAUCGUUGGAACGAAGGGGAGCAUCAAGAUCCCAGCUAACAUGUGGUGCCCCACCGCCCUGGUGGUGAACGGGAAGGAGGAGGAGUACCCACUGCCCCAGCCUUCCUUGCCGCUCAACUUUGUGAACAGCACCGGGUUGCGCUACGAGGCCGAGGAGGUGCGCCAGUGCCUCCUGAAAGGGCUGAAGGAGAGCUCUCGGAUGUCGCUGUCGGACUCGGCCCUGCUGAUGGAGAUUAUGGAUGAAGCCAGGAGGCAGGUGGGGGUGCUGUACAGCCAGGACAUCCAGUGACCCUGGGUUCCGCUACCUCACACACUGACCCCUCCUCCCAUUCACACUGACCAAUAAAGCGGUCCCAUCAUCCAGAUGACAUCAUUAAAUGUGCUUAUCAAAUGAAUAGGAGCAUUGACACUCGUGUCACGAAGAUUCCCAAAAAAGACUACAUAUGGUCACGUAAUCAUCCCCCUACCCAUGGAAGACAGGUUUUAUUUAAAAAGAGCAAUCUGUGAUUUGACAUUUAAAUGAUUUGGUGACUAUGUUGCUUAUGGUACAGAUAAUAAUCCCUGUCCCAUCUUAAAAAAAAUGAUUGAGAUUUAAAUGAAAUUUCUGCUGCUUGUAGAGACAAUUCAUGUAGGGUUUUUAUUUAUUUUUUUUGAUUGAUGCCAACUACAUGCUAGUUCACCAAUCUUUGUGCAUUGGCUAAUAUGGUGGAAUCAGUGAGUAGGAUGUGUCAUCCUCAUUUUGUAAAGUUUGGCUGAUUAUUUAAAAAAAGGUUAAAAAUUUG